AUAAAUAUAUCAAAUUAUUUACUUUUAUUAACUUUUUUACCGUUUCAUUAUACUAAUUAAAAUAAGUUGCCAUAAUAUAUGUAAUGGGUUUGAAAAUAAACGAGUUGUUGUUGUUUAUCUAGUAUGUUUAUAACAGUUUCCUUUUUCACCUGUAUCAUCUUGUGGUUUUUUAUUUUUGGCUGUCGUUAUGAUGCUUUGCCAUGUUUGUGUGAUGUUUAUUAUGCGGUCACAAUUUGUAACAACUGAUACUCUGUAGAAGUCAAUUAUUUAUUAAUAUCGCAGGGAGAGUUUCACCCACACCAAACAAAACAUCCCCAACUGCCGGUCGGUAGGUAGGUACAGACUUCCUCUUACUUUAACUAUCCAUUAGUUAGUCUAAUUCAGCUUGAUUCUCUUUGGUUUCAGGAAGUGUGUCCAGUCACUAUUUGAUAUCAUUGGCUGAAGUUCUUAAGGACUCAUAACAGCAGGCAAACCAAAACUGGCAUAUUUUCAUGAAGCAUCAGCAGUUUUAUCAAAUUACUAAAGUGCUAUGUAUGUAAUCAAACUGUUUUAUUCCAGCCUACUUGGAAAUUUAAAUCUGCAUCAUUUGUCUGUAUCAUUUGCUUUAACUUUAGUUACCAAGCUGAUAAAUUGUACUUACUGAUAGAAAAAUUAGAGGAUGACCACCAUCAGCAAAUCAGAGAAGAGGAAGGAGAGCGGCAGUCAGGUGUGCAGAGUGCACUACCCGCAGGUUCUUACGCUUUGUGCUCCUCGCUACUCCGAUAGAGGCACAGACUGCAGAGCUUAAUAUGAUGGGCCACUCUCUGCGUGCAAACAUCUUCCCAGGGCCCCCAGUUGUGUGGUUAAAGACUCAAAUGCUCAUCCUCUACCAGCAUUUAUCCUUGAUCCAGAGCACUGGCACGGCCACAAAACAGACCACUUAGAACCACACGAGCUUCUGUGGUAAUGGACAGGAUGUCACGGAUGCCAUCGAAAUCCAAGGAGUGAUGAAGGGUUACUGGUAUACCUCUCUCUUUAUCUUCAUAUUUUAUGGAACCGGCCAGUGCAGGAACACACAAACAGCAGGCCUGGCCUGUGUGAACGACUAUGUGACCAACAUUUCUUGCGUGUGGUGGAACUCUACAGAUUUCUCUGACCAGCGAUGUGUGCUCGUGGGGAAAUGUGACAUGAAAAGAUGUGUUUGUAGAUCAUGUGAACUGGUGCCAUUGAGCAAUCAAUCACAUUCUAAGAGAAGUUGUUCUUUAAGCUUUGACAAACCUAACUUUUUUUUCCUCAACACAUUCUGGUUGAAUGUAACCUGUAAUGGAUCUAUCAUCACUAAACUGUAUUUUCAGCCUAGCCAACACAUUAAGACCCAACCCCCAUAUAUGCCCACUGUAAGUGGGGACAAAAUAACUUGGAGUAAAGGCAGUAACUUUCCAAAAGCCAUAAGAUUUUAUGAAUUUCAGCUGCAGUUUAAAGCCUUACACAUAAGCUGGGAGACGGCAGCAUAUAGGAAUGUCACUCAGGAAAAUAACGUGCAGCUGGACCAUAAUAAACUGACUCUAGGAGAGGAGUACCAGGCCAGGGUGCGUGUGAAGCCUGUCGAGUCCUUGGAAGAUGGUAAUUUUCGGGGGGAAUGGAGUGACUGGAGUCCUGCUGCGUCCUGGAGAUCUGAGAUUGGAAAGCCACCAGUGAAACCAGGAGAUGAUGUAUCUCCACCAGUGCCUGAUGAUAUGCGUAUUGUUCUGAUCAUUGGAUUCCACAUAUUGCUUGUUCUUGCUGGUCUUUGUUUGGUCAUCUAUAAGGCAAAGAAAAGCAAACGGUCAAUAAAACCAAAAAAUCAACAUGUUCCAGACCCCUCCAAAUAUUUCCAGCCUCUUCACACGGUUCACGGUGGAAACUUCCGGAAGUGGCUGGGCUGUCAGAAUCCUGUCGGGCCGUUUCUUACCCCUCAGUCAUGUGACGAUAUCUCACCAGUAGAGGUCUCGGAUUUUUGGGAUGUGUCUUUGAUGGAUCCCGAUGCUCAGAUGUCUGCUCCUGCGUUCAUUCACUCCAAUCAGGUGGACUCUGGACUGGAGAACAGCGGCACUAGUCAUGCAUCUUCAUCUGUUUUCUCUAACAUGGGCUACUUCUAUAGCAAAUCCAACAGAGGCUCUCUUCAUCUCGAAUCCUGCCCCGUGUACUUCAGCUACCACCCUGAGGAAGCCACAAGCUCCACUGUCUCAUCACCUGGGUCUUCAUACGACUGUUUGCAAAGCCCAAGUUACCAGACGGAUCAGCCCCUGAGCCCGGAUUCAGGGUUCGGCAUGGCUGGAGAGGAGCAUUGUGAGGAUGACCAAGGAGAUGAAGAUAGCAGUGGCGCGGAGACAUGUGCGGCGGAAGGAAAAGCACUGAUUUCCUUCAUUAUGUCACUGUCACAGGGUUCCCACAGUGCUGUUCGCCCAGCAGAGAGUUUGGCUCCGGAGGCCGUCAUCACACCGUGGUCUGAACCUGUGAGAGCACCCGGCUGCAAUUCCAGCUCUGAGCCUGCAGAGGGCGCCGUGGCCAGACCCUCCUCCAUGAUUGAGCCCUGCGGGAGUGGGUAUCUGACCCUGAAGGACAUGCAGAAAUUCAGCAACAAAUCCAUCUAACCGCAGGCCUAGUCUGUCUCUGUCUGUGUAGGGGAGACCAGGGUAAAAUAGGCCUACAACUCUGGUUUAUUUUUGAAAGUCAGUUUCAGUACAGUACAAUUCAAAUGUUUGGGGUCAGUAACUAUUUUAAUGUUUUUAAAAGAAGUCUCUUGUGCUCACAAAGGCUGCAUUUAUUUGAUAAACAAUACUUUAAAAAUAGUAAUAUUCAGAUUAAUUAUGGAUUAUUCCUGCUUUAGAAAAGCUGAAUUUCCAGCAUCCAUUACUCCAGUCUUAAGUGUCACGUGAUCCUUUAGAAACAUUUUUAUUAUUAUCAGUGUUGAAAAUGGUUGUGCUGCUUAAUAUUUUUGUGGAAACCGUGAUACUUCCCCCCACCCCCACCCCGGGAUUCUAUAAUGGACAUUUUUUCAAAAUAGAAAUCCUUUAUAGCAUUAUAAAUGUCCUUACUGUCACUUUUGAUCAAUUAAAUGUGUCCUUGCUGAAAAAAGGGAUUAAUUAAAAAAUGUACUGACCCCAAACUUGUGAAUCGUAGUGUACCUUAGAGGCUUGGCUAAAAAAAUGCUAUUGAACAUUCUUAGAGUUAUUGUUCAGGGGAAAAGACAUUGACCAUCGCAUCACAUCACACCGAUCACAUUGACCUUUGUGGCAACAUGCCCCACUCUAUGAGGGUAAGCUGUCAAAAUGGGAGCCUGACAUUAAACAGCCUGUUAUAGGCAUUAAUCCUGACAUUUAUGAACUCUACCUUGUUGGAGAGUUAGUUUAAUAGCCACUGCUAAAACAAACACAUUUGUGUUAUUAGACAUUUGACUCAAACCCUAACAAGUACCUUUGUGAUCGCUCCAUCUUGUGACAACUUGCCCUGGCCUCCCCUAGACAGUUUAUUUGCAUUAAUUCUUCACAACGCUGCAAAUUUAUACUUUACUAUAAUCUGUUCGCAUUAAUUAAAUGGUAUUAAAAAGGUCAACGUUCCACAACAGCUGCAUUAUAACAGCUUUAAACUGUUAUAUUCUAGAUACCUUUGUACAGCAUCAUGAUAAGCUAGAUUUGAAGCGAGUUCGGGGUUAAACAUGACUUCAGUUCUGUUUGAAUGCCAGAGCCACUGCAAUAAGGAUGAUAUAGAGAAAUUAACAGCUCAGAUAACUGUCAAGUGAUUGCUACACUUUUGUUUGACAUGCAUGAAGGAAGCAGUACAUUUCAUUUUAACAUAUCUUCUAAGUUUGAAUGAUUGAUUUAAUAAUGUUUAAUUUAGCAAAUGUCAAGGCGGAAUAUAGCUUACACAACUUUAAUUGUUGGAGGUUAUUUCCACCACUAACCUUUUAUGUGGCUAACAUUUCAUAUAAUUGGUUAAAAUGAUUUAGUUGUUCGAGUUUCCAAAUUGAGCAUUUUAAUAUUCAAAAUCAAGCGCAAAGCAUUUGCUUUGAAUUUUAGCUGCUAUUAACUGUUAUUUCAUGUUUAUCUGACUGCUAUGAACAUGGUAUAAAUGCUGCUUUUCGAAUGGGAAUUGUUUAGAAAUUCAGGGGGUCAUUUUUAUCUGCAAGGCAAUCCAUGAAUACAGAAUCCAUGAAUACAGAAUACAGAAUACAGAAGUUUUAAAGCAAGUGUAUGUAGUUUUGUGUAUUUUUGCGACUAUAGCGCCCCCCGAGGUUAAUUAAGUGGAAUUCACUGUCAUAAAACAUC